AGACAACAUCAAAUGGAUCGCAAGUGCAAACACUUCGUAGUGCUUCUCUGCCUGGAAUUGGUACCUUUCAUGGAACCAGUCAGAGGAGCAGCCCAGGCCAGUUUGGCAAUAAACUUGCGCGUAAGGCCGCCAGUAAGGACAGUUGACACCAAUGGCUAUCAGCUGACUAGGAAUGCGUAUGUGGGCGAGUGGUUGCUCCGCAUUAUGGAUGAAGAUCGAUUCGCUUGUGGCGCUGCUUACUAUGCCCCAUUAUACGUCCUGACAUCAGCCAGCUGCAUGCACAAGUUCAAACGCAGACUGAACGAACUGAGCGUGGAGACGCUGUUUGGCAAUAAAUUCGCUUUGAUCGAGACUAUCAGCGUGCCCCAUCAGUACCAAUAUCCCAAAAAUUUCAUGGACAUUGCUGUCAUUAAGCUAGUCGAUCCCAUACCGGGCGAUGACCACGCAUACGUUAAGCUAUGCAGCCGUCCGAUUGUGGACUAUGGCAAGCUGACGGUGGUGGCGUGCAGUUCCGAGCACAAGAAUAUGCGCACCCUGCAGGUGAAUCUGUUAAAUCAGAUGGAUUGCCAGAGCCAGUAUUCACACAUGCGUCUGGCCGAGACCAUUGCGUGCACGCAUGCAUUUAACCAGGACAAUGAAUGCAUGUACGAUUUUGGCUGUCCGGUCACAGCCGGUGAUGAGCUGUGCGGCAUUGUGGCGUAUGGUCCUGAGUGUAGGAAUCCAAAUCUGCCUGGCCUGUUUACAGAUAUUUAUCAGGUAAAGAAAUUUAUUCGCAGCGUUGUCUUUGCCAGUAAAUAUCGUAAUAGGGCUCCAAAGCAAACAUGGUUCGACAAGUAAAAGCAGCAAUAAUUAUGUUGUGUUAUCCAACAA